UGACAGUAUCGCUGUAAUAUUACAUCUGUAAUUUCUAUAAAUUGCAUUGUUGAUAGCGCGUAGUUGGAAAGUGGUUUUCAAUAAAUUACGCGGGAUCCCUUCUUCUGACGAUUUUAUGCUAAGAAUUAAUCUGUCCUAACUCAUCCGUUAUUAUCACGUUCGAGAUUCUUCAAUUAAGGCUGUAGAUUUACGCUGUCAGGACCUACAGCAUUCGGCUCGCACAGCGUAGAUCUACCGGGUUAAAAACGGCUUUGGACUGAUCGCGUGUCUUUUCCGGCAAGUCAUGAUUGGUUUGUUGGAGACGGGAAAAAUCACAAUGUAUUCAACCCUGUUGCCGCUACCCUUAAAUAUGUAAGCGUAAUGGUUUUGGAGCUAUUACGUACGAACGACCUUCCGUCUCUUACGCCUGUCCCCUACGCUGAUGUAAGGGUAACAUACCCUUAGUAUGUUACCGACGUUCUGUAGUCCAAGGUAUCAUUUUUCAGCAGAAAAACGCUCAGCCACGUGUUACAAAAAUAGCCCAAGUUUUCCUUUCUCGGGAUCAUAUUCAAAUGCUUCCGUAGUUGCCUCGUUUUCAAGAUCUUAACCCGAUUGACCAUGAUUAGUCGGCGUCUUCGACAUUAUCCGCAUCCCCUGGCUAAUGUUGAAGAACUCUAUGGAUGCUGCCCCCUUCCCCCAAAGUUACCAUCCAGCACCCGAUCAAUUCCCUCCUCCACUGUACAACCGCUGUGCUAAGAGUACUUGUGUGCCUAUGUAUCGAAGGCUAUUACGGCAUGUACAGGAAUUGAUGAUGUUGGAGAUGCUAUUAAAUAUCUAGAGGAAUCAAAUUGGGAUUUAUUGGCAGCUGUAAACCAAGCUAUGCCACGUGGUACGCAACAAUUACCUUCUGAAAUAAGUCCAGAUAUAGAAAUGAUAGAGGAAAUUGAAAGGAUGCCUCACUCGUCUACAUUAUCAUCUCAAACUGUUUGUACUUCGAAAAAUAACUCAAAAGUUGAUGUAGUAGAAAAUUCGAAACCAGGAACGAGCAAACCUAAAAGUUGUGUAAGAGGAAGAACACUCACAUUCCAUAUUAUUCAUUUAAAUAAUGAGUAUGAAAUAAAUUUAUCUGAACAGUCAUCAUUAAAGGAUCUCAAACAGCUCAUAUGGGAACAAACAAAUAUUCUACCUUGUCAACAACGCCUUCAUGGAUGGAAAAAAGAACCAGAAUCACUUUAUACAUCAUUGCAAUCAUUGGAUUUACCUAAAGAAAAUACUUUGUAUGUGUCUCCUAUAUCUGAAGAUGUAGAUCUAACAACUGAUAUUGUGAGUUUACCAAAUCGUAUGACUCAGACAUAUACUUUAAAUAUUAAAGAUGAAAUACACAAGAAAACAUAUAAUUUAAAAUUUUCUGGAACAAGUACAAUCUUGGAUGUAAAAUCAGGAAUUUAUGCAUUAAUAGAUGUUCCAGUACGAAAUCAACAAUGGAAAGGUUGGCCAAGUUUAGUAAAAAAUGAUAGUAUUAUGUUAGCACAAAGUGGAAUUUCUUAUCCAGAACAUGACCUUUCCGUUAAUGAACUUCCUAUGAAAGAAGAGAAAAAGGAUAUUAUAGAUUUGGUUGAGAGUGAUAGUUCUAUCGAUGAAGAUGAUAUAGAAGAUGGUAUUUUCGUAGAUAACGUUAUAUCUACUAAAAUUCAACGUCUUAUGCCAGAAAAUGUAACAGACGAGACGAUAGGCACAGUACAUUUUGCAGAAGAAUUUGUAAAACGAUAUGGGCCUGCACAUCCAGAAUUUUUUACUGGUAAAUUUAAAGAUGCUGUCAAAGAAUCAUGUUUGAAACCAGCAAAAGAGAGAAAAUUGUUAGCUGUGUAUUUACAUCAUGACAACAGCGUGUUAGCCAAUGUAUUUUGCACGCAGUUACUGAGUUGUGAAGCAGUACUUCAAGUUUUAUCUGCAAAUUUCAUUGUAUGGGGUUGGGAUAUUACAUAUGAAUCUAAUAAACAAAGAUUUCUUUCCUCGGUGAAACAAACAUUAGGUUCAGUUGCAACGUUAGCUAUGAAGAAUAUAGAUGUUGAUACUUUACCUGCUCUUGUUAUUAUAAUGAGAACUAGAUCUAAUACAGAAAUAUUUACAAUAGUACAUGCCAAUGUAGGAGUGAAUGAACUGUUAACCAGUUUAAUUCACGUUGUUGAAGUGUUCCAGGAACAGAGACGUACCGAUAUUGGCGUGGAAGAAGAAAGGCAAGCCAGAGAAAGAGUAAAACAAGAACAAGAUAGAGCAUAUCAAGAAAGUUUAGCGGCAGACAGAGCGAAAGAAGAAGCAAAACAAAUGCAAGAAGAAUUAGAAAAACAACGAAAAGAACAGGCUGAAAAUGAAAGGUUGGCUGAAGAAGCAAGAAAAGAAGCUCAUAGACAGGCUGUAGAAUCAAGUUUACCUCCUGAACCACAACAAGGAACUAGCGAUGGUGUAUUAAAAGUACGAGUGCGACUACCAGCUGGCAAAUUUCUGGAGCGUAGAUUUCAAUCUGAUACACCAUUACAAACACUUCUUAAUUUUCUCAUUGUGGAGGGUUAUCCAACAGAGGAAUAUAAAGUUCUAUGUAGUUGGCCUCGAAGGGAUUUAACAUCUAUGGAUUCAAAACUUACUCUGAUGGAUCUGAAAUUUUGUCCUCAAGAAACAGUAAUAUUAGAGGAACGAUAAGUGAUUUGUUGUAAUUAAAUUAAAGAUGUAGAAAUUAAGCAUUGCAAUAUUCUGAAAAUGUUAUUUAUUUAAUAAUUUUCGAAUAGUUAUCAGUUAGAAUGAGUUCUGUUUAUUAAGCAACUACAUUUUUAUGCUGGUCUUUUCGUACUAUUCAUUCGUACAUAAAAUGUAGUUUUAUAUUAUAAAGAAAAAAAAAAAAAAAAGAAAUCCUUUCCAUGCAUGUGCAUUGUAUAUUUUAAAUUCCUAAAAAUAAAUUACAUUUCGAGAAACCUCAAACAAAAGUAGCCUUUUGUUUGUCGUUACCAUGUUUGCAAUGAGCAUUUAAAAAAAAUUCAUUGAAACAGGAGUUUAACUUGUACAAAAUAUAAAUGGUAUUUGUAAUAAAAGUAUAUUUUAAA